UUGUUUUCCGGGAAUUUUAUCUGCAAUCCACGGCUUCAUUUUUUGUGCGAAUGUGCAAUAUGUAAACGCAAAGUAAAAUCGUGUAGGCGAGUGUCUAACCGAAAGAAAAUGAUGUCCAUGGCUGUUCGAGGUCUUAGCCGAGCUACACUGCCAACCACAAAAAAAAUUAAUUCCUGUUCCAGAAUGGGUCUACGUUCAAAGCAUUCUCUUCCCGAUCUUCCAUAUGAUUACAACGCACUUGAGCCUGUGAUUUCUGCUGAGAUUAUGCAACUUCACCAUCAAAAACACCACGCUACCUACGUAAAUGGAUUGAAUACUGCUGAAGAGAAGCUUCACGAAGCUCUUGCAAAAGGUAAUGUCAAGGAAGUGAUCUCACUGCAACCCGCCCUGAAGUUCAACGGAGGUGGACAUAUCAACCAUUCCAUAUUCUGGACAAAUCUAUCCAAAGAUGGUGGAGAACCAAGUUCUGAAUUGAUGUCUGCCAUCAAGUUUAAAUUGGCUCGGAAAAUAGGUAUUGGUAUUUAUAUUGGUAUUAAUCAGCUUACCAUUUGGAGUUUAUUUUUCGGAGAUCUUGCGAAUUUUUGUUAA